UUUAAAAUAUCAAUAAAAAUGAUAGAAAAUGAAGAAGGGGGUAAUUGGUUAUACUGUCAAAGGUGCGACAACAAAUUAGUCAAAUAUUCAGAUAUAUAUUUUUAUAUUGACAAUGAUGGUGUCUAUUUAGAGCUUUUCAAAGAUUACACAUUACCACAAAACCAAAAUCGGUUUUCAAAACCAAACCCAGAUCAACUACCUCAGUUAAAUGUUAAAUGGAGUUUGAAAAAUAAAACAAAGAGUGGCGAAGAUUUUUAUUUCUUUGAUUAUAAUUCCCAAAAGUUAAAUAGUUCUAGACCAUAUAUGGUUUGUUCUCAUUCUCUUUUUUCAAGAUCUGACUUAAUGGAUGACUGUGAAUAUGAAGUUGAUGAUGAUGUUCCAUGCUCAAAUGUAAUUGGUUAUUAUAAUGUUGGCCCAAAUAAUAUAGCAUCAUUUAGAAUUGAUCACGAAACCACAUCCUUAUUCCCAGGUUAUAGCAAACACAGUGAAUGGAAAUCAUUCGUUCAAAUGGAGUUGGGAAUUAAAAUAUUAACAUCCAAAGAUAAAAUAUACAAUGGCUAUCUUACUAGAAAAGAUUCUCUACCCAAUGUUUUCUCUGAUGCUACAUUUACCAUAGAUAACACUUUUGAUAGUAAUAAUAAUAUUGAUCAACCACUUAAUACAACCUCAACCUCAACCACAACCACAAUAGAUAGUGAUAGUAUUAAUAAUAGUAGUGGUGAAAAUAAAAUAAUUAAUUAUAAAUCAACAAUAUAUCCAAAAGAUCCCACUGUACCAACAUUAAAGAAUAAUAUAGAGCCCAACUCUUAUCAGGUUGAAUCAUUUUAUCAUAUUUGUGCACAGAAUACACUCUUAAUUUUACCAACUGGCAUGGGUAAAACCUUAAUUUCAAUAAUGGGUUUAAUGGAGUUCCAUAGGUUAAACAAUUCUCAAGAAGAUACAGGUGAUUCAAAAAGAGUAUGUUUGUUUUUGGUCGAUAGAGUACCAUUGGUAGCCCAGCAAGCCAAAGCAAUUGAAGAGUAUUCAAAUCUAAAAACAAUAAAACUUUACGGAGAAAUAAAUAAAGAAGAUUUAAGAAGCAAAAUUAAAGAAAAGGAAUACGAUGUAUUGGUAUCAACUGUUGGCAGUUUUGUUAGUUUAUUAGAAUCUAAAUAUGUUAAAAUUGAAGAGUUUUAUUUUAUUGUUUUUGAUGAAGUGCAUCAUGCUGGUGGUGGUUCCCAUCCUUUUAACCAAACAAUCAACUUUAUAAAGAAAUCAGAUAUAAAAACAUGGCCCAGAAUAUUAGGUUUGACCGCAUCAUUGAUAAAUAUUGGAAAUAAUACCGACGAGGUUAUAGUUUCAAAUAAAAUCAAAACAAUUGAAGAUUUAAUGCUAUCUAAAAUUUUUAAACCAUUAAAAUUUUUAUCAGAAGAGCUUACCGAAAAACCCACUAUAGUUGAUUAUUCAGCAAACGAUCAAGAGAAACAAGCAGAAGAUAUUAUUAAAACUUUGCUAAGAGAUCAAUCCGCUAGAUUAAAAGAUAUGGUCACAAAAGUUGGUAAAAAUCCAUAUAAUGAUGAGGAUUUGGAUGACCCUACAUCAAUAUCUUUUCGAUUUGCCCUAGAACGUAUUAUAUUUAAGGCCAAAGAAAACUUAACUAUUGUAAAUAGAUGCCGUAGUUUACUAAUGAUUUUUGAAUUAUUUUCUAUUUUGGCAACAAAUGGACCGCUUCAAACAUUAGAAGAAUUAGUCAAAAUCAUCGAAAUUGAAGAGAAUCAAGAUUAUCAUUCGGAAUAUUUAGAAGCUUUAAGAACUACUGAAGCUCUUUUUGAUGAUCACUCCGAUUUAAAUAGAUAUUCAUCUAAAUACUCAGUAUUUUUGGAACAACUUUACGGAUUUCUUACACAAAAUGAUGUAUCAUCAAUUAAAAUUAUUGUAUUUGUAGAAAGUAGAGCUGGUGCCGCCAGAUUAACAGAAUUACUAAAGAAAGAGGCUUUUAAUGAUAUAUUGAAUUGUAAACUUUUAGUGGGCCAAUCUGGUGAUGAUGGUAUGUCAUCACACAAACAACAAAAAAUUAUUAAAAAAUUUAGAGAUGGAAAAUGCAAGUUAAUUGUGUCAACAAAUGUUUUGGAAGAAGGUAUCGAUAUUAAAGAAUGUAAUAUGGUUAUUUGUUACGAUAGCGUUCUUUCUUUAAAAUCAUUAGUUCAAAGAAGAGGUAGAGCUAGAUCAGAAAAUUCACAAUUUAUAGUAAUACAUCAUACAAGCAAAGAAAUCAAAUUACUAAAUUUAUUAAGUAGUGAAAAUUUAUUAAAUAUUUCAAUUAGAAGAUACAUUCAUAGAAGAGAAGAGGAAAUUAAUACUUUUUACAAGAGAUCUUUGGAUUGGAAAUCUUUAAAUGUGAUUGUUAACAGCACCGAGUCCAAUGAAAAAUUUAAUAGAGUUUAUUUAUCAAUAUAUCAUAUUGGCGAUUUUCCAAGAUUUAAACAAGUUAUCGAACAAAAAAUCAGUAAUUCAUUCAUGGUUGAAAUUGCUGAAGAAGUAUCCUCCUUAAAGUUUGAUAACGAUCAAUAUUUAUCCAAUUAUUGCUUGGUUAUUAUCAGAUAUGAAGAUACAAUUUACUUUAAAAAUGUUAUUGAUUUAUUUAUAGAUCAUCUUAUAAAAAACAAAUUUACAUUUUGGUGUAUAAACAAAUCAUUAUCAUUUAUUCAUCCAGAUAAUGGUCAACAAGAAAAUUUUACACAGUACCAAUUUAUUGAAGAAUUAAAAAAUAAACCAGAUCACAAUAAACUAUUGUUUCAAAUAUUGUGUAAUCAAAUCACAUAUGGCAAUAUGGUAACACCAACAACCUAUCAUUUAAGUACUAGUUCAACUAUCAAACACGAAAUGCAUUUCUAUGAUAAAAAAAUAACAAUUACUUUUAGAGAAGGUAGAAAUGUAAUUAGGGGAACAAUAAUGUUGAAAAAUUUAGAAAAUCAAUUUUUGGUAUUCAACAUCGAAAAUAAAGUAUUUAUUUUCUUAUUUACUAAAAUUCCAUUUUUCUUUGAAAAAGAAAAUAUAAACGAAAGAACUAAUAGAGUUUAUUGGAAUAAAAUCGACCCGCCCAUCAAAGAUUUUGGUACAUCUUUUACAUAUCACUUUGUAUUCGAUGGAGGCUACAGCCAUAAUCAAUAUUCAAUUUUUAACAAUAUCUAUCGAUAUGACAACUUUAUUAAAUAUCUCGAAUUCUAUGGUUUUGAAAAGUAUCAAUGUAAUAUCAAUAUGGGUCCAGCCACUAGUAACAAUCAUAUUCAAGAUACCUUAGGUCGCAUAAGAGUUGAUCAAGAAACUUUAUACCUUUUAAAUUGUCUUUCUAGUUCAUGUACUUUUGGCAAAACCUUGCAACAAUCAGAUGUAAAAAAAAUAUUCAAUAUUUUAUGUCAAAACAAAGAAAGGGGUAUUUUUGUUCUUAGAUCAUUAAUUUCAUCAAAUAAAAAGUUUAUAGAUUUUGACAAGUUUCUAAAUGAUUCACUUCAAUUCUACUCUCCGGAUCAAUAUAGACACAAAAUUAAUGAAAAAUCUACAAAAUCAAAAGAAUUUGCAUUCGUUAAAGAAGUAUUUGUAACUCCAAGUAGGAUAAUUUUCAAAGAACCAAAAUUAGAGAGAACAAACAGAGCACUAAGAAGAUUUGGUAGCGAAAAUUUCAUUCUUUUAAAAGUUGCAAAUGAGUCACUGGAGCCACUAAGAGGAUUAAAUCCAAAACAUCCACUAUAUACAACAAUUCAAAAAUACUUUGAUAGUGGUAUAGAACUAUCUGGCACCAAAUAUUAUUAUGUCGGUAAUAGUAAUAGUCAACACUCUGAUUUCAGUGCAUGGUUUGUUAACGAUUUAGCUCAUGUUUUUUUAAUUAGAAAUUGGUCCCAAGAUCAGUCUCUGGUCAUGCAACCAAGAAAAUUCGCAAGAGGUCUAAGUUUAAUGUUUACAACUACAAGUCCAUCAUUCGUAAUUCCACAAAGAAAUUAUUAUAUAAUUGAUGAUAUUAUAUCAAAUGGUCAUAACUUUACUGAAGGCUGUGGUUUUAUUGGUAAAGAUUUAUCUCGAAGAAUUAAUGAAUUAUUCCAUUAUAAAAGUAGUACAUGUGCUUAUCAAAUCCGUAUUGGUGGUGCUAAGGGUAUGCUAGUAGUUUCAGAGACAGUUGAUCCCGAUGGAGUUUAUAUUAGAAAGAGUCAGAUUAAAACAAAACCAGCCCAUUAUGAUGAACAUAGAACUUUAGAAAUCUGUAGUAUUUCAACAUCAUCAAAUUGCAAACUCAACAGACAAGUAAUUGCUUUGCUUAGUUGUAAAGGUGUCAAAGACCAUGUUUUCUAUUCAAUUCAAGAUAGAUAUAUGAAUUAUUUAGCAUCAACUCUUAAUGAUGUUGAGUAUUCUCGUAAAGUUUUAGACGAGUUUUUUAAAGAUCUCAACGAUAAUGAAUUACUUCAAGACAACUUUAUAAGAAGAAUUUUAAUUACUCAUUAUAAAUUAUCAAUAGAAAGAGCUCAGCAAAAAUCACAUUUAGAUAUCGAAAAAUCAAGAAAUUUAUUAGGUGUCACCGAUCCUACUAGACUGCUCCCUGCCGAUUGUAUUUUUAUCCAAAUUGAACAAGAAGAAGAAGAUGGUUCAAGGCACUAUGUACCACUUAAAGGUGAUGUUGUUGUCACCAAAAACCCAUGUACUCACCCAGGUGACCUUCGUAUUCUUAGAGCUGUCAAUAUCGAAGCACUUCAUCAUUUAAAAGAUGUUAUUGUAUUCUCAACCUACGGCAAUGUACCAAACUUUAAAGAAAUUUCUGGUAGUGAUUUAGAUGGUGAUAGAUAUUUCGUCUGCUUUGAUAAUGACCUAAUGAUUAAUGGAAAUUCAAUACCUUAUCUUGGGGAUAAUUUAACAAAAGAAGAUCCACCCCAAAAUGUCUAUAAUGAUCCAAAACUAUUGGUUGGUCAGUAUCUUGCCAAUGUCGAAAAACAAAAAAUAGGAACGCUUUAUAAUGCUCAUCUGGCAAUCAGUGAUUACUAUGGUGCCGAUAGCGUUCACGCAAUUGAAUUAUCAAUUGAAUGCUUUAAAGAAAUAGAUGCUGUUAAAACAGGUGUUCAUGGCGAAGUUCCCCGUAAUAUUCAAUUUCACCUUAACCAUUUUGGUUACCCUCAUUAUAUGAGAAGGGAUGAUAACUCACCAAAAAAGUAUUAUCAAUCUAAAAAGGUUCAAGGACUAAUGUUUGACCAGUUAGAGCAAUUAGUUUAUAUUGGAGACUUCCUUCCAGAGAUUUCUGUCAAUGAAAAAAACUUAAAAGAUGGUUAUAAUGAUUAUUUAAAUAGUGCUAGCAUUCUCUAUCAAGAAUACAAGAAUAAAAUCAACUCACUUCUCCAAAGAUAUGGGGGCGAGGAUGAAGAGUCUCUAUUGGUCGGUUUUAUGGAUCAAAAUUUCAGCAGUGACUACUCAAAAAAUAUUCAAGAUGAUAUUAAAGAAAACUAUAGAGCUAUUAUCGACUCAUUUAAAGUUGAGUUUCUUAAAGACUUUGGCUCUGGUAUCAUCGAUGAACAGGUAAUCAAAAACGAACACUAUGGCGAAGUUGAAAAGAAGAUCUCAGCGUGGUACUAUGUUUCUUAUAGUGAUAAAAAUGAAGAUAGGGCUUUAGGAUUUUAUUGGAUAGCGAGACAAUUUAAAAAAAUUUCAACAGAUGAAGAGAAUAAUCAACAAAAGAAUAUUCUAAAUGAAACAAUUAUUGGUUACAUGGUCGAAUCAUAUAGCGAAUUAGUAGAUGGUUAUAAUAAACGUAUUAAAAUUGUAAAUACUCUUAAUAAUUUUAUUAGCUCGCCACAUAUUAUAAAAAAUACAUUAUUUGGUAGUAUGAAAGGAAGAUUAGAAAUUUAUGGUUCAACCUCAUCUUUUCUUUUUGAAAAAGAAUCAAAUUUAAAUCUACACUUCAAAAUAUCAUCAAACGAACUAUUGGAAGGGAUUAUUAAAUCUUUAUUUAAUGAAUUGAAGAUAUCGUCAAUCCCAUCGCUUACCAAUAUCAAAGAGAUCGAAAAUGUUGGAGUCGAAUUUGAAAUGUAUGGUAUUCAAGUUGUAAUCGGUUUUGAACAAGAAAAAUGGGCACAAUCAGUAAUAGAACAAUAUUAUUUAGAAAGAAAUCCAAUGAUUUUCUCAAUCUUAAGAUGUCUAGUGGAUUAUAGCGUCAACUCAAUAUUAGUCACAAGCAAAUCAAACAUUAAAGUAGAAAGAAUUGUUCAUGGUCAUAAAGAGUAUUCAGACAGAGACGUUUCAAAAGAUUUAACCAAAUCAAAUAUUAUCUCCCUUUUUAUAAACUUUUGUAUUGAAAAUAAUAUUUUAGAAAGAAUUGACAUCAAUUAUGAAUUCAGCAAAGAUUCAAAUCCAACAACUAAUAAACCAGUAGAGUGGUUUUUAAAGAUAUCAGAAAAAUCAUCUCUUUAUUUUUAUAAUGACAAUGGUGGCAAAAAGAACAAAAAAGGAGCAAAAAAAAGAAAAGAUCAAACUUAUAAAGAUUCAGGUAUUGGCGAAAUUUUAUUAUCAUUCUUUAAAUACUACUCUGACUUAUUUAGUGAAAUCAAAAAUGAACCCAAAAGGGAUUAUAAACCAAUCUUUCAAAAUUUAAAUGGUACUUAUAUUUCAAAUCUACUUCAAAAUAACAUCGACCAACUAUCACAUUACUUUGAUCAUUUCCGUGUUGCCUAUCACUCUCUUUCUGCUCUUGUCUCUGUUAAAGAAUUUAUUUGCAAUUGUAACAAAGAAACCAAAAAAAUAAUGAAUUUAAAUAAAAGACAGCGUGAAAUAGUAAAUGUAAACGAGAAGGAAAUCACUGAAAAAAUUUUAGAAUUAAGUUGUCAAAUUAUUAUUGUUAAAGAAAAAUUCAUCGAACUAAUUGGUAAACCUCAAAAUUUAAGAUUGGCUCAAGUUAAACUUAGAGAAAUGUUAUCCGAUGAAGUUUUCACAAAAAUGAAAAAUAACAACAGUCAUCAAAAUCAUAAUUAUAAUAAUCAUAAAAACCAUAAAAACCAUAAAAAUCAUAAAAAACAUAAAAAUAGAAAAUACUAA